AUGUCUCUACCAACAGCAAAACCGCCGCCGCCCGCACAACAAUCCAUCCGCUCCUUUUUUCAAGCCAAAACUCCCAAAUAUACAGCACCGCCCGCACCCUCACGCGACACAACCACAACCCCCCCGAUCCAAACCUCCACCCUUCCCCCCGUGCCAGCAAUCCCCGCCGAAGCAACCAUCCGCCCCAUCACAGCAGCCGACAUCCCUCCCCUCCGACGCAUAAACUCCCUCCUCCUCCAGGUUUCCUACCAAGACGACUUCUACCAAAAGGCCACCGACCCGCUCGCCGGCCUCUUCUCCCGCGUAAUAACAUGGACGCACGCAGGGGAAGAGCCCAAGGUCGUCGGCGCAAUCAUAGCCCACGUGGAGCCCGACGUCGACACAUCGGCCGGCCAGAUCCCGCAGAACCUGUACAUCCGGUCGCUGUGCCUUCUGUCGCCCUACCGGUCGCUGGGGCUGAUGUCCGCCGCGCUGGAACAUGUCGUUGCCACGGCCGCAAAACAGCCGGCUAUGGAUGUGCGGAGCGUAACGGCGCAUGUGUGGACGGAGAAUGAGGAGGGACUCCACUGGUAUGCUGGUCGGGGGUUUACGCGGCUGGAACCGCCUGUGAAGGGGUACUACUGGAAACUGAGGCCCGAUUCCGCGUGGAUUGUGAAAAGGGAUGUUGGCGCCAAUGUGACGGGUUGUCUUGCGAGGACGAAUGGCGUGGCUUCACGACCCGUACCGAGUAGUACGACUGCGGCGGUUGUCAAUCUUCCUCCUCCGCCGCCGCCGAUGUCCGGUCCGCCAUCUGCGAAAUCUACGCCGCCGCCUCCAUCGGGACCGAGACCAAAGGCCGUGUCGGGACAGUCGUAUCAGACGCAGAGGCCGGAGGUGGAGUGGAAUGAUUUGCCGGCUGAUAUGGCGCCUGCGUUGGGUGCGCUGCGCAAAACGGGGAGUGAGUCGGCGUCGGCGGCUAGUUCGAGGAGUAGUUCGCAGGCGCCGAGGAAGAAGAGGGAUCGGUCGUAUCCUGCUGCCACGUUUGGCAGUUAG